CUCUCUCUGUUUCUCUCUCUCUCUCUCUCUUUCUCUUUCUCUCUGUUUCUCUCUCUCUCUCUCUUUCUCUGUUUCUCUCUCUCUCUGUUUCUCUCUCUCUCUCUGUGUCUCUCUGUUUCUCUGUCUCACUCUCUCUGUUUCUCUCUCUCUCUCUCUCUCUCUCUGUUUCUCUGUCUCACUCUCUCUGUCUGUCUCUCUCUCAGUUGCUGAUCAAUCAUUCAGUUUUCCACCUGAAUCAAUAAUCAUCUCUCAGUUUUACUUUAUUAUCGACAGGUUAAGAUGACGUCACAGUGAACUAACACCUGAAGUUUUACGUCAUAAUUCCCGCCGAUGUCUCCACUCAUCCUCUGACCGACAAACUCACCUGAGUCCGGGCGGAGAUGGAGCUUUCUGCCUCCGGCUGCUCCAGGUUCCGCAUCGACUGUCUGCUCUCCCUCAGGCCGCCCGGCGGGCUCCUCUCCCGGGCAGACCCUCCGGAGCUCAGCCCGGGCGGCAGCAGCGGCUGCUCGGCGCCUCCUUCCCCGCGGAGAGAGCUUGUUCCCCGACUGCAGCCUGCUCUGCUGCCCCGCACCGUCGGCUCCUCUUUUCUGAUCCGGGAUAUCUUAGCGGACUGUCAGCCCUACUCUCACCCGGGACAGGUCCACCCUGACCCGGGACAGCCUGGGCUGGAACCCGAGCCGUUCCAGUCCGGACCGGAAGAAGACUUUCAGGAUAAAAGCAGCUCCUCUUCAGACAGCGAGAGCAGAGGGCAGGGCGGGGCUUCAGACCCAGCGGAGGCCCGUCUGAAGAAACCUCGUAAAGCUCGGACGGCGUUCAGCGACCAGCAGCUGGCCCGGCUGGAGAGGAGCUUCCAGAAGCAGAAGUACCUGAGCGUCCAGGACCGCAUGGAGCUGGCUGCGUCCCUGCAGCUCAGCGACACCCAGGUCAAGACCUGGUACCAGAACAGGAGGACCAAGUGGAAGCGGCAGUCUGCCGUCGGUUUGGAGCUGCUGGCUGAAGCCGGCAGGAUGUUCCUGCCCUCGCACUACCUGUACCCUCCUGCCCCGCCCACACUGGACCUGUACCUGUACCGAGGCCAUGCCCCCCACCACGUCCCGCCUCUGCUGCCCCGUGUCCUGACCCACACUGAGCCCCUCCCCCGCUGACGGCAGCAGGCUGGGAGGUUUCUGCAGGACCGCGAUCAGGAGCUUGUUAAUGUUUGGAGAUAAAAAAUCUUUACUUUUGAUUUUUAUCUGAAUAAAGACGUUUGUUGGACCUUUUCCACAGCAGGACCGCCAUCAAACCGCCUGCAGUCUCUGUUGUCCCCCGCUGGGUGGACGGGUCCCUGGAGCUGGGCUCUGCUCAGGAGGUGAUACUCAACCCGGGUCAGGUGCUUUCAGGGGUCGGAGGCAGUCCACCACCGCGUCUCGCUGCGUUCAGGCAGUCAGAUCUGGGAGCAGAAACUCAGACGAUGAGACAUUUUCUGUAGUUGUUAUAAUUCAUUUUUUUAACUUUUCAAUAAAUAUGCAAACACUUGUUGUUAUUCGUUGUGUAUGUUGAUGCUGAAUGAGGUUCCAGUCCGAUCCCGACCCAUCUCGAGACGCUUUUAUGGGCAAAUAAGUUCAUUUAACUCAAAUCAAAAGUUUUAAUUAAAAUGAGAACAGUUUUUAAGUCAUAAAGAAACAUUAGUAGUAGUGUUACUAGUUUUGAGUGACUCUGACUCAUUACAAUCAAUACAGAGUAAAAUCAACUUCAUCAGGAAUCUUUUCUAACUUAAAAAACUGAGUUUGUGUUAAAAUGUUUGAUGCUGAAUCCAUUUAAACUAUUUUCACGCUACAGCGUCUCCGUCUGACCUCCGCCUGAGUAACUGCGUCUCCGAGUAAACACAGCUUAACGCUAAGAAAACAGCACUGAAGAUAUGAUGAUAAAAAGAA